AUGGAGGGGAUCUCCACCGCCGUGUACAGGGGAAUCAGAGGAUACUGGCGGCGGAAAGGCUACGAGCGGCUGACCGGCGGCCGGAAACGGAAGGUCCGCGUGGUCCGGCUGGCCUCCGACGGCGGCGACGGACCCGCGAGGCGGCGGCGCUUCUGGCGGAUCAAGCUGUCGCCGCGGUUGAGGCUGAGUGAGUACGACGAGCGAAUGAUCGUCGAGAUCUACAAGUCUAUUGUGGUGGCGCAGGGGCAGCUUGUGCCCCGGGACGCCGCCUGGGUCGGAUCCGAAAUUACCUGCCGGCGGUAA